AUGCUUAUUCAAUACUGGGAGGAAUCCCAUUUUGGAAUUAUGGAUCUGUAUAUCAUGAUAUCAAAAGUGAUAGACCUUUUUACAAGGCUUUCAUUAAGCUUAAUGUAGUAUGUAUAGAUUUAUAAUAUGAUGAAAUAUUUGAAAUAUUUGUGAAUGCUACCGGAAUUUCUUAUUAAAUGACAACAGCAUCACCAAAUUCAAAUCAAUUUCAGUUUAUAUCUAUUGGAAAUACAAUGGGUUUUUCUUUGUGGAAUGAAUAUGUAGCUGAAGGAUUCAUUGAAAUUACUCUGCCUACAUCACUUGAUAGUUUGUUAGUAACAUUUUCUGUUUAAGAAUUAAAAAACUUGCAUUAAUAUUAUGGAAUCUUCAACUACAGAGUUAUGGUGGUGUCAUGUCCAGAGUUUUGCAAUAAAUGUGAUUCAGUUGGAUAAUGCUAAGAUUGGAUGGUUGAUAAUUCAGUGUAAUCUGGAAGUUGUGCUCAAGGGUACUAUUACGAUCAAAAUCUUCAUUCAUGUUCCUUAUGCAUUUCAGGGUGUUACUAAUGUACUAAUUCUUAUUAUUGCGAUUCUUGUUCUCCAAAACAUAUUCAAAUUCAUGGAUAAUGUUAUUGCUAAGUUACAUUUGAAUUAAGUAAUACAUGUACUUAAUAAUACCCGUGCUAAUAGGGAUGUUUGGCUUGUGGAUUUGAGAUAAGCAAGAAUAGUAAAAAUAAGCUUCAAAAAUGUUUAGCUUGUGAUGAUUCUAAUCAUUACUGGUUAAACAUUAAUUAAUGUAGUUGUUUAGAAGGGUAUUAUAUGGAAAACAAAAUUUGCUAGCCCUGUUCGGAAAUAUGUAAAGCAUGUAUUUAUUCUCCAAAGUAUUGUACUAAGUGUGAUUCUUCAUUAAAUAGAAUAUUAAACCAUUCUAUAUGUGAAUGCCGCUAGGGAUAUUAUUCAGAGGAGCCAUUUCUAGAAUGUUUUAAAUGUGAUUCCACUUGUAAAACUUGUUAAAUCAAACCAAAUAUUUGCAUUAGAUGUUUUCCUGAUUAAUUUAGAAAUAUUUUAAGAAAUUAAUGCGUAUGCAAAGAUGGAUAUUUCGAUUAAGGAACUGAAAUUUGUAGUGAAUGCGAUUAAAAAUGCAAAACUUGUUCAGAUAUCAAUACUUGUUUGUCUUGUUAUUCUGAGUAGAAUAGGAAAUUAAACUUAUUGAAUACUUAAUGUAUUUGUGAAUAAGGAUAUUAUGAAAUAGAAAAUAGUUUGGCUUGUGCUCCUUGCCACCCUUCCUGCGAAUAUUGUUUAAAUUCUCCUUUGAUAACUAUGUGCUCUCGAUGUCCAAUCACUAGAGAACCAUCAUAAAAUGACACUGUUUUCUCAUGUAAUUGUAAAAGAGGAUAUUAUGAAUCUAAUAUGAAGGAAUGUUUGUCUUGUAAGAAUUAUAUCAAUCCUCCAAUUUCUCAUUAUUGUUAUACUAAUUGUGGGGAUAAGAUUGUAUAAUGGAAUGAAGAUUGCGAUGAUGGAAAUGAUUAUUCAAAGGAUGAAUGCAACUAAUGUAUAUUUUCACAUUCAUAUUGUUUUAAUCCUUUGUGUACAUAAUGUGAAAUGGGAUAAUGUCGCAAUUGUAUUGACGGCUAUUACUUAAAUAUAAAUAGUCAUUGUGAUAGGUGUGACUCAUCAUGUAAAACUUGUUCAGUAAGAGCAAAUAAUUGUCUAUCAUGUAAUUUAUAAAAUGAAGAUCUGCCAUGUGCAAUUUGUGAAAUCUACCUAGGAUAUUAAAUAAAAGAUGGAUAAUGUUUAAACAUUUGUGGCGAUGGGUUAAGAGUAAGCAAUGAAUAGUGCGACGACGGAAAUGAAAAUCCUGGAGAUGGAUGUUUUAACUGUUUAAUUGAGGAUGGCUGGUCAUGUUAAGAUACUUGUGAAAAGUUAAACUAUCCAUAUCUCAUAUUUGAAGAAAACAUAUAUGAUAAUAGAUAUUAAGCAUAAAGAAAUUUUAUGAUAAAGUCAAGUAUUCCAUUAAAAACUUCUGUUUCAUUUACAGAAAUAUGUUAAUUCAGACUGAAAGAUUCCAAAAUGAUUUAAAUUAAGCAAUAUCAAGAUCUUACUAAUUAUUUUGAAGAUUAUAAUAUUCUAUAAGUUGAUGUAUAAAUUGUACUAAAGAAUAGAGAGGAAACUCCAAUCUUAUUAUGUUUAAUUGAAAACCCUUAACAUUAUCAAUCAUAAUAAGGCUUAACUUUUAAUCAGACGAUUUUUGAAUUUUAGUUAUUAAAAUAUCUUAAACCCUCUUAAGAUGUUAUAAAUGUUACUCAGGGCUUUAUUGAGUUUAAUAAAUAUGUGUUGUUUAUCUUAUUGGGUUUGGCUAUAAUAUCCUUAAUUAUAGGGGGAUUACACAUCUUUUGGAAUUUAUUGGAUAUUUUAUAAUUAAUAUCCUAUUUAUAAUUUUUCAACGUUAUUUAUCCUUAUAAUGUAGAGACUUAUUUUAAACUAUUUGACUUUGCCCAAUUCGAUUUCAUGAAAAUGUUCCUCAAUAUUGAAGAUUUAGUUAAUAGUUAUGUUAUUUCACCCGAUCCUCACUAUAAGUUUGCUUUAAAAGGUUAUUCAUCCACAUUUUACAUCAAUGCCUUUGCUGUUUUUAUUGCAUUUGUAACUACCUUAUCUAUAUAUUUUAUAUGCAUCAUAGGAUCCAUGAUUCUGACUAAAAUAAUGGCGUAUUAUUCAGAAGAGAAUUUAUAUAUUGAUAAUGAAGACCCAGAGCUGUUCAAAUUUAUUAUUCUUCGAAUUAUUAGGAAAGUCUAAAGAGUAUUCCUCAACACUAUUCAUUACUUUUGUUCAGGAUUAUUAAGAACCUUCAUGUCUGUGGCAUAUGAAUAUAACCUUGCUAUUUUUCUAUAGUUAUCAGUGCGAACAAUCAAGAAUCCCUUUUUGUCUUCAAGUUUCUUUAUAAGCUUUAUCUUUUUGUUGCUUUAAUUGUAUUUCAUUAUAAAAGGAUUCUUCUUGAUGAGCAAUCAGCCUUAUUAUUUUGGUUAGCAACUUGUAAAAUAAAAAUACGGAGCUCUAUUUGAAGGCGUUAGAAUAAGAGGAUCAAGACCCUACUCUAAUUAUUAUAAUCUACUCCUUCUUUGCAAGAAAGUGGUGUUUAUUUUUGUUUUAGUGUUCUGCUAUAGUUAAGCUUAUAUUACUAUUUUAACAUGUUCAAUACUAAAUAUCAUAUUUAUAUUCUACGUUAAAUCAAGUUCCCCAUUAAAGGAUGUUUAUGAGCAAUAAAAAGUCAUAGGGGGAGAACUGUUCAUUUGGUUUGUUGAGUUAUUAAUCUUGAUACUAUUUUAUAAAUAAUAAAAUGAUCCGAAUGAAUAGGAUGAAUUAAUAAUUGGUUGGUUCAUUAUAGUUUUAUGCACAUUAUUAGUUUUAUAUUAAUGUGUUCUUGACUUUAAACAGCACUUUAUUUUUUUGAAAGAAAAUUAUUUGAUUGUUUAGAAUCUCAUUCAAAAAAUAAGGAAUUAUUUUAACAAACCAAUUUAAGUUCAUUAGGAAUCAUAAGCAUUUUUACAUCAAACUCCACCUCAAUACAUAUAGUAUGAUUAAAGGAAAAUAGUAACAUUUAGGAUGGAAUAUUGA